GAUGUUUUUAGGUUAUGUAUAUUUGUUGUAGUCAACGUCAGCUGUAGCAGUUUUCAAUCAACAGCAUUUUAUUGUGAUAUUAGUUUAACGAAAAAUGGACAUUACAACACUAUUCAAAGCCUGUGUGAAAACAGUUCGCACCACAAACAAGAAUCUCGGCGUGACCGACACAAAGACUAAAAUACUACAGAGCCACAGAGACCCACAUUUGACGAAAGCUAAGGAGAUUGUGAAGAAGGUCACCACUUUACGACAGUUCUUCACGGAAAAUAAAGCGGCUUACUUGAACGUACUAAACUACUUAUCUACAAACAAAACAAUGACAGAAAUAGAUAGGCAGAAAGUAGAUGAAAUGGCCGAGGAUAUAAUAAGCAACUGUACAAACUUGAUAAAUGAAUACAAAAAAGAAAUAGCCAGUACGCCAAAGAGCAAACAAAGCGAUGAGCAUUAUCAAAAUAUUGUAGAAAGUUUGCAGCUCUACUUGAAGAAUGUAUCUAGAAUCUACACAGAAGCUAAGGCUGUCAGGGUGAAAAGGGUAAUCGAAACACAUAAAUUGUCCAAAUUGGAAACUAAACCAACUACCACCCCAAAAUCUUCACUUGAAAAGGUCCAAAAAGUUGGAACACCUUUAGAAGAAUCAAAAAUACUCUCAUCGCAACCUCCUUCAAUUAAUUAUGAUGACCAGUUAUCAGCUGAAGAGAUGCAGAUGUUUGAGUCUGAGAACGAGCUGCUUUACAACGAACUGAACAGCAUUUCUGAUGAAGUGAAGCAAAUGGAGAGCAAAGUCGUGCACAUCGCAGAGUUGCAGGAACUGUUGACAGAAAAAGUAUUGCAGCAAGAACAGGACAUAGAUCGGAUAGCAACGACAGUCGUAGGUUCAACAGAGAACAUGAGAGAGGCCAAUGAUCAAAUCAGACAAGCCAUCCAAAAUAAUGCUAGCCUUCGGGUGUGGGUGUUGUUCUUUCUUUUGGUGAUGUCAUUUUCUUUGCUGUUUUUGGAUUGGUAUAAUGACUGAAAUUAUGUUUUUUGGCA